UUGGAUAACUCGCGUGGAGGACAUAAUGGUCCAGUCAAGGGACUAAGCUGGGAUCCGAUAGGGAAGUAUCUGGCUACGCAAUCAGCUGAUAAGGUAUCUUCACAGCUCGUGUUCAGCAUCAAAAAGUUGAAAAGUUGCAUGUUUAUAUUCCAGUCUCUUCGAUUAUGGACGACAGAUAACUGGCAAUGUGAUACCGUAAUUACGAAGCCGUUCAGCCAGGUAGACAUCACAGUAUCUCAAUGCAACUUGUCCAACAUUAAUCUUGAACUAUUUCGCAAAGCAAAUAGCUCAUUUAUUCAAUCCAUGCAACUUCAGAGCAGCCAAACAACUAUGUUUUCACGCUUGGAUUGGUCUCCCGAUGGACAGUUUCUAUUUGCACCUUGCGCUAUGAACAACCAAGGGCCUACGGCGCAAAUCAUCAUGCGAAAAGAUUGGGACACCGAACUUGACCUCGUCGGCCAUCGGAGGGCGGUGACUGCAAUCCGGGUAUGUCCACGGCUGCUGUCGUACGUGGAUUAUGCAGGAAAAACGAUACAGGUCACAUGCGUUGCAAUCGGUUCGCGUGACAAAUCUUUGUCAGUAUGGGUGUUGCCGCGGGUGAAACGACCUGUUGUUGUACUUCAACGCCUCUUCAAGCACUCGGUUACGGAUUUAUCGUGGCGUGGCACCGAUUUGGUCGUGUCAUCCCAAGAUGGCUCCAUAAAAUAUCUAUCAUUUCGAGAAAAGGAGCUUGGAACGAUGCUGUCUCCACAGAAAAUGGGAAAUGUUUGCGAGUCACUGUACAAGAUCCGACCUGCUCAGUACUGUAACUAUAGUAAUGGGAAUGCAGUAGACGCUCCAUCAAAAUCAAAUAGUUCCUUCAUUGACUCACCUGAAGAGCUCUUGGCGAAAAGGAAGGCCGAAGCAGCCGUAUCAAAGGAGCCAGCUAAACCUACCGAACCUACCGCGUCGCAAGCUAAGACGACUACGCAGAAUGCUGCAUCCAAAGUACUUUCCGAGCAGCGACAGCAGCAAGUGGAGGUUCGCACAUCAGAUGGUAAACGCCGCAUCCAGCCAAUUUUCCUGGGAUCUACAGUCGACGAAGAACCUGCGCCAGCCCCUGCGCCCCCAUCGCAAAGCAAACCGCAGUCGCAUCCUGAACCAGUGGAUGAACCCAUGACGUCAGAUGUUGACGAAGGUAGUGGGUAAGU